AUGCCGGGAACUACAAUGACGAAAACGAGUGCUUACCCCUACAUCCUCACCACAGUCGCAACCCGGAAAGAAGGUGUUUCACGCGCACAAUUCUACCAGCACAACGAGGAGAAGUACGCGCCUUUACUUAAGAAAAUUGCGGGAAAAGUGCACCCAUUGUCGUGGACGCGGCACUACCAUGUUGACGACGAGGAAUGUCCAAUCGGCAUUCCGCGGGUGUUGAUUGGGGUUGAUGACGGGAUGGACUGGGAUUGCAUGGGUACCAUGGCGUUUGAGGAUGAAUUGCAUUUGCAGCAGUUUAUUGCGUUUAUGCAUAGCGAUGCAGCGAUUCCGGUGCUGGAGGAGGAGGAGAAGUUUGCGGAGCCGACGAAGACGAAGUUGUUGGUUAUGAAGAAGGGGGUUAGUGUGAGGGAGGGUUAG